AUGGAUGUUCCAGGUUACGCUUUGAUCACAGGAGGUGCUUCAGGUAUCGGCCGAGCAUGCGCCAGAGCAUUUGCUCGCGAUGGCAGCGCCGGUAUUGCACUCAUAGAUCUCAACCUUGAAUCUCUACAAAUCGUCAAGUCUGAGAUUGAAAAGGAACAAUUGUCACCUAAAAAGGACUUCAAGAUUGAGAUCUACUCUGCAGACGUCACAGAUGAGAACCGAAUCAACGAGAUUGUUGCAGACGUUGCACAGAAGUAUGGUCGCAUCGACUAUGUUGUAAAUGCAGCUGGUAUUGCCAUGAAGCAUCAAGGCGGUGCAGCCUUUGCUCAUACAGCUGAUUGGAACCGUGUUGUCAGCAUCAACCUUACUGGGACAUUUUUUGUGCUUAGAGCUACUGCGCAAGUCAUGUUAAAGCAAGAGCCCAUCCGCUCAUCUAUCAACGGAAGGGACUUGCAGCGCGGAUCUAUCGUCAACUUCUCUUCCAUUCAGGGCGUUGUUGGUAUUCCACUGUCUACAUCUUAUACAGCUGCCAAGCAUGCCAUCAUUGGCCUCACACGUUCAGCGUCGGAGGACUACGCUAAGGAGGGACUUCGCAUCAACGCCAUCUGCCCAGGAUACACAGAGACACCAAUGACCACAAAGAACCCCGAGGUGCUGAAGGCUAUGCAAGAGCGAAUCACAACAGCCGUUCCUAUGCAGAGGAUGGGUGCACCCGAAGAGAUUGCCGAUGGUGUACUGUAUCUUUCUGGAGGACGAAGUUCUUUUGUUACUGGGUCUGCUUUGGUUGUUGAUGGUGGUUAUACCCAAAGAUUGAGCAGUAGGCUGAUGCAUCCGGGUUUAGCUCAGUUGGGAGAGCGUCAGACUGAAGUCAAACUUCAAUCCUCACCAAAUCAAGUGACAUCUGAAGGUCGAAUUUUCUUCCUCACUGAGGUAUCUAAUUUUUGGGACGAGCUCAACCAUCAGUGCUUAUUCUCAACCUCAACCCAAGCGCAAGGGCUUUGUUCAAACCAAAGCUUCAAAAUGACAGAGAAACUCGAACACGGGCCUAAGGUCAUGUCCGUGAACGGCGAAGUAUCCGCGGCGAUCUACAAACCUCUUGACAAUACACGGCAAGAAAUCCGACUUCUCAGGCUUCUUCCGCCUGAUGAUAAAGAUGAAAAUAUUCAUUGCACCCUUUCACACGCUGUACUCAACACCCCAUCUGGGAAUCCAGCAUACGAGGCGCUAUCCUAUGUUUGGGGAGAGCCUGAUUUCUCGGAGCCGAUAAUUCUCAACGACCAUACUUUCUUCAUUACACCAAGUUUGAAGUACAUCCUGUCAUGCCUAAAGCAAAGAUGUGACCAGCAACGAGUUCUUUGGGUCGAUGCAAUCUGCAUCAAUCAGUCAGACGUCGAGGAGCGGGGUCACCAAGUCACCCUCAUGCGCGAAAUCUACUCCAAUUGCCAACGAGACAUCGCAUGGCUAGACCCAAUGAUCGGCAGAAAGAAUGCCAAGGCUCGUGGCCUCUAUAGUCUUCCAGAUCUCGAAGAAGAAGAAAAAUGGGUGAAAAACGGCAUGAACUUGAUGCGCGAAAUAGCCGAGAAGAAUCCGCAGACUCUGAAAGAACUUCAAGAUCAGUACCGAGAAGGCGAUUAUCGUCUCUUCACGGACUCACAGCUCAUGCUCGGUGCUGUCUUCAGACAACCGACACUCUGGAGACGACUGUGGGUCAUGCAGGAGCUUUCUCUGGCUCCGCGGUUGACGCUCAUGUCUAGAGAUGGUGAGCUGAGCUGGGAUGUUCUGAAGAACCUCUUCAAAGACGAGCCAUAUUUCGACGCUUUCCAUAUGGGCCGUGAAAGUAGUCAUUAUCACUUAUACUACAAGGAUUUUAGUGAAGUCUUCGUUCCAAUCAAGCUUAUUGAGGACCAGCGUCGCCUUAUGUCACAUGGCAAGGGUUCCAAGCUCAUGGACGUCUUGGUGCGAUUUCGCGAAAUGGAGUCGACAAAUCCCCGAGACAAGAUAUUCGGCCUACUUGGGCUGGUAACGGAAGACCAUGGUAUCAAGGUCGACUAUUUGAUGUCAGUGCCAGAGUUGUAUCAGCAGGCGACAAUCUCCUUGAUCAACCUCGCCAGAAACUUGGAUAUUCUCUGUCAGAACCCAUUUGAGCGUCCGGAAGGCCCAACAGCGCUGUGGUGCGUCGACUGGAAAGAGGACCAGUAUAGACUGCCGUCUUGGGUUGCUGAAUAUGAUAGUAAGCGUCCGCAAUGUGUACCGAUGCUAUUUGCCCAGCGUGACAUAUUCAACGCUGGUAUCAAGAGCUGUGAGACCCCAUGUCGACUUGUCGGUCCCGGAGAAGAUAUUCUGGUCACAGAAGGCACCAUCCUUGGAACAGUUGCACCUGUUCUCCAAGAUGACAAAGACCUUGAGGCUUUCGAUGUCAUGAACCUAUACCUUGGCAAGGAUGCCCUUGAGCAGCCCCAGGAACAUCUUUAUGCCCCGAAAAUCGGCGGGAAGGUAAUAUCAACCGGCGAGACUGCCAUUCGCGCAUUCUGGCGAACGAUGGUAAAAGAUUGCACGCUACCCCCAAGAAUGCGUCGGUUAAGGCAAACUGAAAUUGAGAGACUCGAUGUUGAAAACCAGGAGAUGUUGAAAGGUGGAUGGAGCACCCUCCAAACAUACCGCUUACACUUUGGCAACAGAUACUCAAGAUCUGCCUUCAGUUACCAGCCCGCCGACGAUGAAGACCUCACUAAACUUGACACCGAAGGUCAAGUCUCACAUCAUUACAGCUCUGUAAGCUUCAUGUUCGCGGUCACGGAUAAUGGGCUCUUUCUAGCGACGCGUUUUGCUGCCAAGGAGGGUGAUGUUGUGGCUGUCCUCGAUGGAGGGAAGGUCCCUUUAGUGUUGCGCAAGGUUGACUCUAGAGAUGGUGUCGAAAGGGAAUUGUACAAGAUCGUGGGCUCAACCUAUGUACACGGCUUCAUGGAUGGCGAGGCGGAGGUUGGAGUUACCGAAGGUUGGUUGGAGAAGCGGGAGAUUCUGAUCGCGUGA